GGAAGUUCCUCUGUUGAUACGGCAGCAUAUUCCACUAAGUGCGCUUAAGUUUUCCUUUAGUUAUUCUGGUUAUGAACUUCGUGUUUUUCUCUUGAAUGAAAACACAACUUGCUUUCAUUAGGGUGGAUGCUAUUGAGUCAGCACUGCGAAGGCCUGGGCGUUUUGACUCAGAGAUAGAGGUUACUGUUCCUACAGCAGAAGAAAGGUUCGAGAUUCUUAAGCUUUAUACCAAGAAUCUACAUCUUGGUGAAUGUGUUGAUCUUCAAUCUGUUGCUGCAUCCUGCAAUGGUUAUCUUGGAGCUGAUUUACAAGCUUUAUGUCGAGAAGCUGCAAGACGUGCUUAUGGUAGAUUAUCAAGCUCAUCAGAGAGUGAGAAUGUGCUAACGCUAAUCAUGGAGGAUUGGGAGUCUGCUAAAUCUGUGGCCAAAAAUAGUGUGACAAGAGGGGUAAUUAAAGAAAUUCCAGCUGUUUCAUGGGAUGAUAUAGGAGGUUUGAAAGCUGUUAAGAAAAAACUUCAGCAAGCUGUUGAAUGGCCCAUCAAGCAUGCUGCUUCAUUUGAUAGACUUGGAAUAUCACCUAUCCGUGGGGUGCUAUUGCAUGGUCCACCAGGGUGCUCAAAGACUACCCUUGCAAAGGCUGCUGCUCAUGCUGCCCAAGCUUCUUUCUUUUCAUUAAGUGGUGCUGAGUUAUACUCCAAGUAUGUCGGUGAAGGUGAAGCUUUGUUGCGACGUACAUUCCAGAUGGCACGUCUUGCUUCUCCAAGCAUUAUAUUUUUUGAUGAGGCUGAUGCAAUUGCCCCUAAAAGAACUGGUCCCAGCGGGAACUCUAGUGGCAAUGCCACGGUUGGAGAAAGACUCUUAUCAACUCUAUUGACGGAAAUGGAUGGUUUAGAACUGGCUACGGGAAUUAUUGUAUUGGCUGCUACUAAUCGCCCAAAUGCAAUUGAUGCUGCUCUUCUGCGCCCAGGGCGUUUUGAUAUGGUUUUGUAUGUUCCACCACCAGAUGCGGAAGGUCGAUAUGAAAUACUACGCAUCCAUACACGCAAAAUGCCAUUAGGAGAUGAUGUGGAUCUUUGGAAGGUAGCAGAGCGUACCGAGCUUUUCACGGGCGCAGAUCUUGAAGGCCUGAGGGAAAGUCUGAGGUCAGAACGUUUUGUAUGUGACGAUAUUCACUUCCAGGCCGCGCUAAGAUCCUUGCGUCCAUCACUUACACAAUCAGUGGUUGAUGAGUACUCAAAUGCAGCCAUCCAUGGUCCAUUGACGAGGAGAAAACAUUAAAAGAUGUAUUAUUCUGGCGCACAAGCAUCAGUGUCGCCCAUUGUUGAUUCUGACUAGUUAUCAGAACAUUGUAUCAUCGGUCUGCUGUAUAUAUUGACCAAAGUUGUGACAUGUUCCCAUAUGAUUGCAGCGGCUUGUACUGUUUCCCC